GCCGGCACACGGCACACAAGCUCUCGAACCAGCUUCGUUACACUACGUAUUUAUCUUUCGAUUUUAAGAUACGAUAUCUUUAGAGAUUACAUAAACAAUGAUUGCACAUUAUGUGGCAGUGUUGGCGUUAGUUGCUGUCACGUUACCGGCAAGUUGUGUCGCAAAUAACACAAUGACGAAGAAUCUGAAAGUUUUGGUUUCGUCCAACGAUUUUCCCGCCAGUGGGCUCAAGGUUUUGGAGGAACAUUUCACAGUUGUCCAGACGAAAUACCUCAACUUUGGAGAGGAAGGCAGGACCCUGGCUAAGGAAGACCUCCUGAAACUCAUUCCAGGAAGUUCAGCCCUAGUAUGGCUCUCACACCAUCCCAUCUCCAAAGAACUAUUGGACAGAGCUGGUCCCCAACUGAAGCUGGUCGCGACAGUCUCGGCUGGAUAUAACCACUGCAACUUAGAUGAGCUCAAAGCAAGAGGCAUCAAGUUAUCCAACACCCCUAAUGUCUUGGCGUCAGCUGUCGCGGAGAUCGCCGUGGGUCUCAUGCUGGGAGCUGCCAGGAGAUUCACUGAGAACUUGGAUCAAGUUCACAAGGGAGAUUGGGAGAUAGGUUUCGAUAAAGUCCUCGGUCAGGACAUCCGCGGUAGCACCGUGGGCAUCAUUGGCUUAGGAGGUAUCGGUCAGGCUGUGGUCAAGCGUCUCGCUGGAUUUGAAGUCAGCAAGUUUGUUUACACCGGUCACAGGGAGAAACCUGAAGCCAAGGCUUUGGGCGCAGAAUUCGUAACUCAGGACCAACUGCUGGCCCAAAGUGACUUCAUAGUACUAGCGGUGCCACUGACAAAUGAGACCAAACAUAUGAUCAACAAGGAUACCCUCGGGAAAAUGAAGAGCAAUGCCAUCGUCAUCAAUGUAGGGCGUGGAGACCUGGUUGAUCAAGAAGCCUUGUAUGACGCGCUGAAGAACAAGCAGAUUUACGCUGCUGGACUUGACGUCACCACACCCGAACCUUUGCCGAAAGACCACAAGCUACUCACACUGCCCAACUUGUUCGUACUUCCACACAUCGGCAGUGCAACAGAGCGUACUCGCAGUGACAUGGCGGUACUGGCCGCUAACAACGUAGUCAACGCUCUGACUGGCAAACCUCUCCUUACACCUGUCAAUCUAUGAUCGGAUUGUCUCUGGUUUAUCACGUAAAAGAGGUUUCAUACCAUCUAAUGCCUAGUGUUCUGUUAUAAUCUGGCUCCUAAACAACAUUGUAAUAUAAAAUUAAUUUCAGCUAUAGUACAGACUUUAAUAUGUUCUUUAAAAUAUUGUAUCCUUUAUGGCCUUGUAAUAAGGGUGGGAAUGUAUUGCAGUUUUGUACUAUUUACUGUUCUAAAACAGUGUUGAUUCACUACAUUUACUAUGUAAUACAUGUCUUUAGUAAACUGUAUUGCCAGAUUAUAAUUAUAAAAUGUUAACAGCUGUAAUAUAAAUAGUGAUGUGGUAAAAACCAAUACUGUAAAUAAAAUCUGCUUACAAAAUACAAA